GUAAAUUCCCCAGACAUCAAUCAGGGGUUUAUGUUGGUUCACGACCUCUCCCAAUCAAGGAUGAACCGACAUGGCGGCAUUUUAUACAAAAAGCAUCACGUGAAUACGAUGCAUUUGAAGUAUUCAUCGUGGUGUCUAAAAAUGUUGAGGAGGAAGAGGAUGGUAAUCCAUUCUUUCAGCAACCAAUGGAUCAGCCCUCUUCAUCCCAUUUCGCUCAAGAUGUUGAUAGCGAUCCAGAUGAUGCUGAGUACGUUGCAUCCUCCACGGAAGAUGAAGAAUCUUCAGAAGAGGAACACUACAUAUCUUCAUAUGAAGGAGACGAUGGCCACGACAUUCAUGCAAUGCCACAUUUAAAAGACAUCCAGAGACACGUAACGUAUAGAUCUUUGCAACUGACGUUCCACGUACCAAUUAUUGAGCCGCAGAGAAUGGAGGGACAACUAUGUGGACCAUAAAACAAUACUAGGGGUACCACCAGUGUAGACCAGAUUACACAAGAGCCAAGGACGACAAAUUGUUAACAAGUGAACUCAUAAGUACCAUAAAGGUCCAAAAAUUCAAGAAGAUGCUGACUAUAAAGUCAAACUCAUUAUCAGGGAUGUUAAUGAGUUGUUCUAGAUCUUUGUGUCUUAUAAGAAGGCAUGGUGUGCACGGAUAUUAGCCAUCCAACGAUUGUAUGGUACUUGGGAAGGGUCGUACAACAAGUUGGCUCUUUUGCUCAGUGCAGUUAUAGGGUCAAACCAUGGAACUGUUGUUGAUUUGCAAACACAAUCAACCGAUUCACCAACUUGUUUUCAGUUCAGGAAAUGGUGAAAUUUUUCCACUCGCUUUUUCCAUUGUGGAUGAUGAAGAUGGUGCAAGUUGGAAAUGGUUCAUGACGAAUGUCAUGCGUCAUGUGGUACCCCCACACCGCUAUGUAUGCAUAAU